ACAAAACGUAACCUCGAACGAACGAAAUAAUUAUCUAAUAAUUGAAUUAAUAACCUCAUAUCAGCUAGUUAUUUGCCAUGUUUACGCAUUACAUUUUAAUAUAAAUAUGCAUAUUCUUGUUUAAAUAUUCUAAUUACUACUCGUAUAUAAACAUCAGACACUGGAAAAACUUUAAUCAGAUUCAUAAUGAACUCGUACGCUGUAAUUUACGUAGUGUUAACAAUUUUUGGCGUGGUUUUCAGUGAAGAAUUGCCCCCUGGAGGUAUAACUAAGAUCAAUUGUACCAAACCUUUUGAAUUUUAUGACUGCGGAAGUGCCUGCCAAACAGAAUGCAAAACUUUGGGCGAACAAUGUCCCAUAAUAAAUAUAAGAUGCAACGAUGCCUGUUACUGCAUUAGCGGAUAUGCAAGAGAUGCGAGCGGAACGUGCAUACCAAUCAAGAAUUGCCCUCCUAAAUGUCAUUAAAUCAAUGAAUUUUUGUGUUUUUUCAAAUGUAAUCAAAAUAAAAUCUAAUAAAUAAAAAAAACCCUAAUGUGUCUA